AAAAAUGCUUCAAUUUCUGCCCACCCUCCCCUCUUGGGCACCUGGGGCACAUCUUCAAGUGCAUCCACCUCAAGCUUGACCUUGACACAGGGACCUGGCCCAGGUCACUUUAGGCUGAACUAAUUUAAUGAAGGAAUUCCCCUCUUUGAUGGAGAAGAGUGGAUGGCACGGCAGCAUUCCCAGCUUUCUGGCCAUUGCUGUCCAGCUCAAACAUUGCCCUGGAGUUUCUGGGGAGUAGGAACACUGCCAACUAAUUGGUUUUACUGUCCAGUUACACACUUGGGUUUCCAGCACGGGAUCAUCCACCCAUCGGAUCACACCAGCCACAGACCCGCCGUCAUGUCCAAGCCAAAGAGCUCCGAGUCCGUGCGGGUGGUGGUGCGCUGCCGGCCCAUGAACAGCAAGGAGAAAACUGCUUCCUACGAGAAAGUUGUUAAUGUGGAUGUCAAGUUAGGGCAGGUCUCAGUGAAGAAUCCGCGGGGAGCAUCUCAUGAACUGCCUAAAACUUUCACCUUUGAUGCCGUGUAUGACUGGAAUUCCAAACAGGUCGAACUCUACGAUGAGACCUUCAGACCUCUUGUGGACUCUGUUCUGCAAGGGUUUAAUGGGACAAUUUUUGCCUAUGGGCAGACUGGGACAGGGAAGACAUAUACGAUGGAAGGGGUGCGUGGUGAUCCCGAAAAGAGAGGGGUCAUCCCCAAUUCAUUCGAUCACAUCUUCACCCACAUCUCUAGAUCUCAAAAUCAGCAAUACUUAGUUAGAGCGUCUUAUUUGGAAAUAUACCAAGAAGAAAUCAGAGACUUGUUAUCAAAGGAUCAGUCCAAGCGGCUGGAGUUGAAGGAGAGACCAGACACAGGGGUGUUUGUGAAGGAUUUGACCACCGUUGUUACGAAAAGCGUCAAAGAGAUCGAGCACAUCAUGAAUUUGGGAAACCAGAACCGCUCCGUUGGUGCCACCAACAUGAACGAACACAGCUCUCGAUCUCAUGCCAUUUUCCAGAUCACCAUUGAAUGCAGCGAGCUGGGACUGGACGGAGAGAAUCACAUCCGUGUCGGGAAGCUCAACCUGGUCGACCUCGCAGGCAGCGAGCGGCAAGCCAAGACUGGGGCACAGGGGGAGAGGUUAAAGGAAGCUACUAAAAUCAACCUCUCUCUCUCAGCUUUGGGCAACGUCAUCUCUGCCCUGGUAGAUGGGAAAAGCACACACAUUCCGUACCGGGACUCCAAGCUGACCAGGUUACUCCAGGACUCGUUAGGUGGCAAUGCCAAAACUGUGAUGGUGGCCAAUAUAGGCCCUGCCUCCUACAACGUGGAGGAGACACUGACCACACUGAGAUAUGCCAACCGUGCCAAAAACAUCAAGAACAAGCCACAGGUCAAUGAGGAUCCUAAGGAGGCUCUGCUACGAGAAUUCCAGGAGGAGAUUGCUCGACUCAAGGCACAGCUGGAAAAACGGUCUAUUGGCAAAAGAAAGAGGAGGGAAAGGAGGAGAGAUGGUGGGGAAGAGGAGGAGGACACUGAAGAGGGUGAGGAUGAAGGAGAUGACAAAGAUGACUACUGGAGGGAGCAACAAGAAAAGCUGGAGAUUGAGAAGAAAGCUAUAGUUGAGGAUCACAGCUUGGUAGCAGAAGAAAAAAUGAGGCUGCUGAAAGAGAAGGAGAAGAAAAUGGAGGACCUGAAGCGAGAGAAGGAAGCGACAGAAAUGCUGAGUGCUAAAAUCAAGACAAUGGAAAGCAAGCUCCUGGUGGGAGGGAAAAAUAUUGUGGAUCACACAAAUGAACAGCAGAAAAUCCUGGAACAGAAACGACAGGAAAUUGCAGAGCAGAAACGUCGGGAGCGAGAAAUCCAGCAACAGAUGGAAAGUCGGGAUGAGGAAACACUAGAGCUGAAGGAGACCUAUAGUUCCCUUCAGCAAGAGGUGGACAUAAAGACCAAAAAACUCAAAAAGUUAUUUUCCAAGCUGCAAGCUGUGAAGGCAGAGAUCCAUGAUCUCCAAGAAGAGCACAUCAAGGAGCGCCAGGAACUGGAACAGACCCAGAAUGAACUUACCAGGGAACUAAAGCUAAAGCACCUGAUUAUUGAAAAUUUUAUUCCCUUGGAAGAAAAGAAUAAGAUCAUGAACAGAUCAUUCUUUGAUGAAGAGGAAGAUCACUGGAAACUGCAUCCCAUAACCCGUCUGGAUAACCAGCAGAUGAUGAAAAGACCAGUAUCUGCUGUGGGAUACAAAAGGCCCCUGAGCCAACACGCCAGGACAUCCAUGAUGAUUCAUCCAGAGGCUCGGUACAGGGCAGAGAACAUCGUGUUACUGGAACUGGACGGGCCCAGCCGAACGACGAGGGACUACGAAGGUCCAGCCAUCGCUCCCAAAGUUCAGGCAGCUCUAGAAGCAGCUCUGCAGGAUGAAGAUGAGAUUCAGGUGGAUGCCUCGACCUUUGAGAGCACUUCAAAUAAAAAAUCAAAACCCAGGCCGAAAACUGGAAGGAAAUCGUCGGGAUCCUCGUCAGCAGGCUCCCACAGUUCUCAGCUCUACCCACAGUCACGAGGGCUGGUUCCAAAGUAAAACCAGCAGCUCCUCUCCAGGGAGGAAACAGCCUUUGCCUUCUGGGAGCAGAGACAAAUAAAAACCUGCAGAGAGAGCUCCCGGCCAGCCUCCAGCCCCUUUCCCUGGAGAUGGCCUUGUUGCUGUUUAACUGACUCGGGCCAGUCCAGGGGCACUGAGCCACGGGAAGAUCCGUGCUUGCAAUUCAGCAUUUGGCCUCUGUGGGAAAUGGAUUUUAGUUAGGAAAUCAAAAAUGCAUGAGGUACGUUAAAGUGUGUUAGGAGCAAUGGGAAGCAUGGGGAUCACCUCACAGCAUCACCGUCCUCCUCCUGCACCAGCCCUUCUGCUGCACUGGGCUUUUUGGCUGUUGGGCAAUAAGAAGACAGAGUUGAAAGUCAUCUCAACAGAACCAUCAUUCCAGAGCUCCACAGUGAGAACCAAAUGAGGCUAAAAAGCAGAGGAUCUGUUUGAACUUGACAAGGUGCACAUUUCUUCCUCUUCCUGCUUGAGAGAUCUGGGGUUAAGGUGUUGGUCUGAACAGGCAGGAUGGCAGUGGCCAGUGUGUCCUCAAAAACACACAGCUGUGCCUCCCUUUACAGCUGUAGGACAAAAAGGGGUCUUGAAAACAAUUCUGUGCUCUCUAGAAAGGAAGCAGUAGAAUCUGAAGUCCUUUCCUUGUUUACAGGCAUAAGUAAGAGCUCCCCUGUGCUGACCUCCUACAGACCUCACCCCUACCAACAGGAACCACCUUGUCAAGGAACACCUCUGCAUGCCAGUGCCAGCUCCACAGCUUUCCUCCUCUCUUUUGCCUCCUACUUUACCCCUGGCAUUUAAAACCAGUGUCCCUAUGACAUCUUUAAUGGCAUAUGGCCAUUUUCUCAUGUCUCUCACUGUUCAUGGGAAAUGCAGCAUUGGCUCAGAGCUCUUCCUGCCAGGCUCAGGCUCUCCUGUAAGCUGGGCAGAGCACUGGAACAUGUAGCUGCCUUUGAGUGCACUCCUGGGAGUAUGGUCCCUUCCCUUGGUGUCUAAUGAGGUUCAGCAUUUGGUGCCUCUUGUGCCUCACCUGUUCCAGGGUUGAGCAGCUUUCCCUCUGCACCUCCCAGCCCAUGCAGAGCCCACUGGGAGUGAAAGCAGAUCUAACUGAGGCUGGAUGAUGGAAGCUGGUGUUAAUUCCAGGGGUUUUACUUUGAAAACAAGGGAGGAAGAACUGCUUUUGAUGGUCUCCUUGCAAAGCUGCCCUAUGACUAAAGCAGCCUCCUGUAAUGCCGCAGGCUCGUGUAGCAGGCUAGAGGGAGGUGGAACUCCACACUAAGGACAGAGUAAGGUGUCCCUGUCUAGUGUCCCACAGCUCAUUUGUAAGUUUUAGUUCGCUGUAUAUUGAGACUUGGGAUGUUACUUUUUCUGGUUGCUCUUGGCUGUCAUCCUGUGAACGUCUUUACCUGUUCCCCUCACUGACGACUUCCUCCAGACUGACACGUGUGAGUGUGUGAGGACUUGCCUGGUUGUAGAAAUGCUCUGAUGUGUGGACUCUGCCUUGUGCUUGUUAAGUGUCCAUGGAGUGACUUCACCCAGGCUGGAGAACUCCGUUCUGCUGACCCCCUGAGCAGGAGGAACCGAGCGCUCAGCACAGCUCACCUCUGCAUCCUGCAGGCACGGUGCCCAGGUGAGCCAGCUGCCCAGGUGGGCCCCUAAACACCAACUUGGCUGCUGCAACCCAUGGACUGCUUCCCUGGGCCACAAGGUUAAUAUAUGGAUACACAUAUAUGCACAUAUAAAUAUAUAUAUAUAUAUUAGUUUUGGUGGAGGAAGGAGGAAUUUGCUUAUAAUUGAGAGAGCAGGCACAUGACCAAUUUCUUUCAACCUGAACAUGGAAUCCCGGCAUAAUCUUCCUUUUUAUAAAGCACUGUUUAUAUCCAGAGAGCCUUUUAAUUGGUUUUUGUUGCAUAAUAUAACAUCACCUUCUCUGCCCUCUCCUCCCUCUUUCUCCCCAGCACAUAAUCUUCUGUGCUGGGACAUUUUAAAAGAUGAUUGUAUGGAGUAAGUGCUCAGAGAAUGGAAAUGAAACAAGUGGGGUUUAAAACCCUGAAAUAGCAGCACAGUAUAUAACCACGUCUAUGUACAUACCUGUGUACACAUGUUUUAUGUGAAUAAUGCAUACAGGGACACCUCUGUGUCUGCACAUGUGCACACUCUUCCUCAGUUGCUACUAUUCCAUAGGGAAUUCUAUAUUAAACUCAUAUGCUGGAAACUGCCCUCGUGGCAGGGCUGGUGCCAUGGGACUCUGCAGUGCAAACCUGUUUUCAUGUUGAUGAGCUGGUGAUGUGUCAGAAAGGCUCUGCUUUUAACUCUGUAGAAAUUCAUUAGCAGGUGAAAGAAACUCAGUAGGGUGGAAAAAAGAAUAAAUCUGCAUAUUUAGUCAUUGUAUGUAAAUUGGGGCUGCGGUGGAGAUUUGGUCAGUGUGUUCAUUGGCAAUCUCGGCCUUUUACAGAAGCUUUUUGGAUUCUCAUUCCAAUGGAUUUACCCUCACCAGAUGCUCAGUGGCACUGACACUAAGUUAAGAUACAUUGUCUUAAACUGUACGAAACAUACUGAGCUCUGGGUUGAAGCUUUUAAGAAACAUUCCGGCCGAGUUUGCCCCUCUCCGGGUGAUAUCUGAACCAUCUGGGCUUCCUGCUGGUUAACUAAAGGCAGGAAAUCCAGCCAGACUCCUGGAAGAGGCCCUGAGACAGUGUGCACCGCCACCCUUUCUUCAUAGGAAUGUUUAACAUCCUUGUCUUUGCUCUGAUCUGUAUAAUGGGAUCUUUUUUUUUAAGAAGUGGCAUGGGGCAGGAGUGGGCCCUUGGUGCUGGAGCGAGCGCCGUGUGACACUGACGCAUAGGAAUUAAAGCACUUUCUGAAAUCCUUAAGUCCAGCGCCUUUUUAAAAACAUUUGCAUGCUGCUUGAAUCUUCUCAAACACACAUACCUCUGCCAGAGCACCCGGGGCUGCGCCGGUGCCUUAUACAGAUCAGAGCAGGCCUGUGUUCAGCCAGUUUUAGGUGUUUAACUCUGCCCUCGCUGAACAGGCAGCGCUGGAGUUCCAGUGAGACGCCUCUGGACCUGUCCUCUCUCCUGUCUGUGCUGGUUUACGUGCACCAGGCUUUAAACAGUUCAGUGUGAUUCCUGGGGGGGUCUGUUCGUGCUGUGUUUGCUCCACGGAGCCUUUUCCACAAAUUGGAAAAGAGAAGCUGCAAAAGCCAUAAUUAGCUGGAACUGAAAUGAGAACACCGGUCCUGCCUGCUGCAGUGUGCAGGAGGGGGUUGACUCUCCAGGGUCCAGGCACUUACUGCCUUCUCCAGCUCCCUUUCUUUUUGAAGAGGUGCCCCAGAAUCCCCUCCGUGGGCACAGCUGUCCAUGAGAACUCUCAGCUCCUUGGAGAUACACCCACCUCCGCCUUCUCUUAGGUGAUCUAUAGAAAAAAAAGAACCUGUCCAUAGUUCUGUCCAUAGUUUUACAGCUUAUAUUUAUUUGUAUCAUCUCUUUUGUCUAGGAAUGUAAAGUGAUCCUAAAAUAUGACAUGUAAUAAAGUCAAUAAGAUUUAUUGCAUCUAUCAAAA